AAGAACCAUAGUAAAACAACAAUUCCCAACAACAUGAAGUUAUUUAUAGUACUCGCUUUGACAGUGGCCACCGUUAGUGCAGCUAGCUUGGAUUCUAUUGUCCAUCCAGGAUUUCCAGAGGGCCGUAUCAUUAAUGGUCAAGAAGCCGCCAAAGGAGAAGCACCCUUUAUUGUUUCCUUAAAAGCCGGCUCCCAUUUCUGCGGCGGUAGCAUUAUUGAUGAACACUGGGUCGUGACUGCGGGUCAUUGUUUGAUCUACAGCAGCUUUGAGGUUGUUGCCGGUCUUCACAAACGUAACGAUGAAUCUGAUGUCCAAAUCCGCAAAGUUCCCAGCAGAGCCUUCCAAAUUGCACAUGAAAAGUAUGGCGGCAAUGUUGGCCCAUACGAUAUCGGUCUUGUCUACAUUGCUGAACCUUUCGAUUUAGAUGCUUUGGCUCGAGAUGGUUCUGCUACUGUUGCUAAGAUUAACUUGCCUUCUGGCAAAUAUUCACAAACCGGCAAGGGUAAGUUGUAUGGUUGGGGACGUGAUAAUUCUGGUGCAUUGCCCAAUACUUUGCAAACUUUGGAUGCUGACAUCAUUGGCUACACUCAAUGCAAAGCUGCUUUGCCUAACUCUGCUCCUAUAGAUCCCGUGAACAUUUGCUCCUACACUGCUGGCACCACCGAUGGCGCUUGCAACGGCGACUCUGGUGGCCCAUUGGUACGUUACACCCCAGAUGGUGCUGAGAUUGUUGGUAUUGUGUCCUGGGGAUAUACUCCAUGUACUACCAGCAAAUACCCAUCCGUAUACACCAUGACUUCGGCGUUCAACGAUUGGAUUCAAAAGACUAUCGAUAACUUCAGUGUUGUUGAUAUGCCCUAUUAAGAAUUUAUAAGGACACGAUUUAAAUAAAAAUGAGAAUGAUUAAACAA